AUGUCGUUCUCUCUUGAUGAGUUCGACUGCUUCUCGCUAUCGAUGGCAUCGGGAAGCACCUUGGACACCGACUUUGGUGUCGUCGUCGUUGACAGUGACGGCGAUGGCGCUGCUCUGCAGAGGCCGUUUGAUGUCUGGAGUUAUCUCGGCCUUCAGUACUCUCUGAAUUCAACACCGCUGGACGGGAUGGUUGUGUACAUCAGUGUGGGCGCGCUUUUAAUCAUCACUGUCCUCCUCGCCCGCACGCACCCAAAACAGUCUGUGUCUUUUAUUUUCACCGAUUACGUCAACCAGACCGGCUGGAAGUCGGAGGCGUGGUUUUAUUCUGGGUCUCCUGCCAGGCUUAUGGAACCCAAGGAGAAUGUGCUUCGCGUAAUGAUGGGAAGCGCUUUUCUCAGCACCAUCGCCGGUUUUCCCAUGAUAUUCGUUCUCAUGUUCUGCAUCAAAACCCCCGACAACCUUCUCGCUCCCAUCGGUGGCCAGCCUGUGUCCCAGCUUCUUCUCGAAUCGCUUGAUUUUGAGGCUCUCGCCAUCAUUGGACAUCUCAUCUACACCGUCUGCAUGUUUGCCGCCACCAUAUGCACCUUGCCUGCCCCUUCUCUUGUCCUCUGUCAACGCCAUCUUUGUGUGCUUUUUAUCGUGGUCGCUCUUGGAUCGAUCCAGAUGGGCUCUACUGCGGCAAUCAGCGCCAUUUUGGGUGGCGGCAUAGUCUUGCUGUACGUGGUGUAUGAGAUUGUCCUCCGGGCUUCUAAGAAGGCGCAGCAGAUGAUGAACGAGCCGUCACCGGGCCAAGCAAGCCACAGUGGCGAGACAAACGCACAGCCAAAUGCAGCCGAACAGCAGUCGGCGUCGCCGAGCUCACUGAGCCCUCCGCAGCGCACCGGAGACAUCACGACACAGGUGCGACUGCUGGGACGACAGGAGUCCAACUUCCCCCACAUCUUCCGCGACGGUGGCGGUGGCGGCACGGUGAGCGGACAGGAUCUGAUCAUCUUUGCGGACGGCAUGUACACGCGAGGCCCACCGCCGACAGACCCUUCGCGCAUGGUCAACUUCAUCUCCAACUCGAUUGCGGUGCUGGGGCCGAGCGGUGCGGCCACGACGACCAUUCGGCGUGUCACCGACACCGGCUCGGAGGCCAAGGGCCCGGAUCAGGCGCUGCCCUUUCUCGAGGACCAGGGUGAGACGCCGUCGAGCCAUGCUAUCUGGCCAAACGAGAACAUUGCGACCAUUCAAGGCGGAACCAUCGGCGUGACAUUUUCCGAGGUGAUCGACCGCCGCCUCUUCCGGCAGCAGAAGCAGGCGCUGCUGUACAACACGCCGAUCGAGAUCCACGUGCAGCAGCCGCAUGCGGCCGGAGACGCCGCAGUCGUGUCAGUGUCACGGCCUCACAAGAGCUUGUUCCUGGUUGGCGAGCCAAUGUUUGGCUCAUUCGUCACCUACGCCACCGACGACUACCUCUACCUGUUUGGGCGCGUGUCGGAGACCGACAAUCCGCGCAGCAACGGGCUGAAGCUGGCGCGCGUAAGGCCCGCUGACUGGGCCAACCGGCAGCUCUACGAGUACUGGAACGGACAGGCGUUUGGGCCGGAAAUGCCGGCGCGCGACGACAACGGUGCUGCCAACGUGCUGUGCUACACGCAGGAGAUAUUCGGGAAGCACUAUGGCCCCGGCGCGGGCGACAUCUUUUGGAGCGACGUGUACAAAGAAUACAUCCUGCUCUUCCAGAGCGCCGGCGCCGCUUUAGACGAUAACUGCAACCACGCGCUGACGGGCGGCUGGUCGGCACCGGAAUCAAUCUUCAAGAUCCCCCGGGCCUCUGACGGUUUCAGCUAUGCCUUCCAUGCGUAUCCAAAUAUGAGCCCUGAUGGCAAGGUGGUGCCGAUUACGUGGACGCAAGACUCAAAGUCGCAGUCGUGCUCCAUCUAUACGGGGGAAAUCGUGUUCACGUGA